AUGACAUUUUACUGUCACUGACAGAAUAAAACACUGACGAUGUGCUGAGUGUCCGACAGAUGGCGUCCGAUCUCUUCUGAUGACGUCUCAUCUUCCGCGCAUGCGCAGCGCGAGUCCGAUCAAACAACAGAAGUCAACACAAACACGGAGAUCAUGUCAGAUCAGUCGAGUGGAGGGCGAGUGAGUGAACUCGAGGAGGAGAGAGAGAGUGACAGUGAGGAGCUGAGACUCGUUCUGAUUGGUCGAACGGGUUCAGGCAAGAGUGCCACAGGAAACACCAUUCUGGGACGUCGUCACUUCCUGUCUGCUCUGAGCGCGAGUUCAGUGACCCGUGUGUGUGAGCAGAGCAGUGAGGAGUGUGAAGGAUGCAGGUGGAAGAAAGUGCUGGUGGUGGAUAUGCCGGGAUUCGGUGACACUCGCCUCGACGCCAGUCACGUUCACUCUGAGAUCGCUAAAUGCGUCGCUCUGACCGCUCCCGGUCCGCACGCUUUCCUGCUCGUGAUUCCUCUGGGCCGCUACACGGAGGACGAGGACCGGGCCGUGCAGGAGAUGGUCCGUGUGUUCGGGGAAGAAGCUCUUCUCCGCCACACUGUGGUUCUGUUCACACGAGGAGAUGAGCUGGAGGAUGGAGGGAUGGAGCGGUACCUGAGCGAUUCUCCAGAGCGGCUGAAGAUUCUGUUGAAAAGAUGCGGUGGGCGAUAUCACGUCAUCAACAACAGACAACCGGAGAACAGAACGCAGGUGAGAGGUUUAUUGCAGAUGGUGGAGAAGAUGCUGGAGGACGGAGGAAACGUCUGCUACAGCAGCAACAUGUUCCUGCAGGCUGAGCGGGCCAUCCGGGAGGAACAGGAGCGACGGGUGAGCGAAGGUGAGAGCUCGAUGCAGGAGCGGGCCGAACACUGGAGGCUGCGGAGAGUCAGCAGACGUCAGGCCCUGCGCUCCACUCUGAGCCGCUUCAGAACAGAAGCCGCUCUCUCGGGGAAAGUUCUUGAGCGUGUUAAGGUGCUGGUGGCCGCCGGAGCUACUGGAAUGGCAGUCGGGGCCGUGUUGGGAGCUGCGGCUCCUCUGGCUGCGGCGGCGGGGGCUUCGGUGAUGGGUGGCACUGUGGGUUUUGCGGCAGGGCAGCUGGCAGGAGUCUCGGCAGCGGGCAGCGCAGGUGUAGGCAAAGCGCUCGGAACAAUAAUUGCAGUGGCCUCUGGAAAGACGGCGGUAGCUCUGGGAGCAGCGACAGGUGGAGUGCUGGGGGGUUCGGUGGGUGCGUUGGCAGGGGCAGAGGCUGCAGGACCGCAGGAAGCAGCUUUAGAAGCACUGCAGCAGGUGGGAGUGAUGGGUGCAGCAGUGGUGGGUGUGGCCGCAGGAGUGGGUGGGGCUGUGGGAACGGGAGCGGCAGUGGGGGCGGUGCUAGAGAUUGGAGCUGAAACCGCAGCGGGAGCGCUCGUUGCAGCUAGUGCUGCGAAUGUGACCGCACCACAAGCGGUGGGUGGCGUUGGAACGACCACACGGAUCCUGUCGGCCGUGGCUGAGAUCGGACGAGCGGCGGCUGGAGUCGUACUGGCUGGAGGGCUCGUGAUUAAGGUGGUGAAGGAAAAAGUUCGAUCUGGAAGCGGAAACGGCUACACAGAACGAAACUCCUAUGAGAUUUACCUGAACAAAUGAACAAUGCUAAUGGUGUGUUUGACAUACACAUCAGUAUACUGUAUGAAAAGAGCUUUUAAUAUUUAACUUAACCAAAGAGGAUUUAUGUUUGUAUUUUGUGUGAUCACCAGACAUGAACCAGCACUUAUACUAGUUAAGAGUUUAUUGAUAAUGCUGUGUUAUUUGAUUGAUAAAUCAGAUCAGUAAAUAAAAACAUUUGUAGAUUUGUAAUCAGACAGCUUUGCAGGAUCAUCAAAGAUCAACAUCAGUGGAUCAGACGUGUAAACUAUCACUGAUUACAGCACAGUUAAACACACAACACAAACUUGUGAAAUCCUCUUGUGUGCAGAUUUAUUUUCUUACUGAUUCAGGAUCUGCUGUUGAUUCCCCUUCAUAAUUAAAAACAUCAAUCUGUUAGACAUGAGAAACCUUAAGAAACAAAGUACAGAAAAUGAUUUUGAGUUGUGUCGAGUUAAACAGGUUUGGUUGCUUUUAUGAUACUGAGCAGUUAAAAUCUGUUGUUGUUUAUUUUGUGAAGAAAAAUUAAAAACAUUAAAACUGAAUCACUGAAGUGUG